GCCGGAGCGGAGCGGGAGGGCAGGAAGGAGGAUGAGCGGCGCGCGGCGCAGGGAGGAGCCGCCGCACGCGCAGCAGCACGCGGUGGCCAACGGCGGCGCGGCCGGGCGCGGCUCCGUGUGGGGCAAGGCGCUGCGCAGCGACUCCGCCUGGCACGACAAGGACGAGUUUUUAGAUGUGAUCUACUGGUUCCGGCAGAUCAUUGCAGUUAUUUUGGGAAUCAUCUGGGGAGUAGUUCCGCUGAAGGGAUUCGUGGGAAUAGCAGUAUUCUGCCUGAUCAAUGCUGGUGUUCUGUACCUCUACUUCAGUAGCUUCCAGCAGAUAGAUGAGGAGGAGUAUGGCGGGACGUGGGAGCUAACAAAGGAAGGAUUCAUGACAUCUUUUGCACUGUUUCUGGUAAUGCCUCUUGCUUUCUUUACCACAGGUUGUUUGGAUAAUCUUCUAUACUGCCAUCCACUAUGAUUGACACAGUCUGCAGCCUUUGCCUGUUACAUCAGUCGUCAGUACAUCGAGAAGGUUUUAAUAAAUCAUAGUCUUUAGUGGACUGGUGGGAAGGUGGGGGAAGUCAAAUCAACUCCCUUCUGUACCAGCGCUCUGAUUAGCCUGGAAGAGCCCCAACUCUUCUGCUGGAGAAGUCCGUCUCCGUUUUAUAUACCCGUUAAUUGUUGGAACUAUUAAAAAGCCAUUGGAAUUUUUGGAAGUGGUUCAAGACUGUUGAAAUUUGGAACUUUCUGUGACUCUAGCCAGUAACUCUAUCAAACUCCUGUGUGCUGAAGGUUGAAUCUGUUAAUUUAAUGUAUGUAUGCCCUUCUGUUUGAAAUCUGUCAUUAAAUCCUGACUUGUCUUCCAUUGUUGUCCUUUAGACAAACAGUUUUUAAAAAGCAGUUGUAGGGUAUGUGGGAGGAAGGCACUGCAGCAUCCAGGAAAUGAGUUGAGUGGCUGUCCUUUGCAUGUUUUUGUAGUAAUCAGAUCUGAUUUGAUUAAACAGACUGUGUUGUUACCAUUUCUAAUAUUUUUUGGUUUACUUGCAAAUCAGUUGUCGACCAGAAUUUUUUAAUGGUCUUUGCUGAAGACAAAUUUUUAAGCAAUUUUGCUAGAAAGAAUUGUGAUUCAUUUGGUUAACGAAGGUGUAUUCAGGAGGCUCCACUGCAUUCUGCUAGCCUGACUACUAAGUUGCCAUCGCAUACCUCAGAGCUUAGUAGUCUUGAAGGACAGUCAUUCUGGAGGUACCCUUUUAAAUGUUAAGCAUUUAAAUUCUUUUUUUGUUUGUUUGUUUUUUAAGCUCUGGAAUUCAGCUGCUCCUUGUUAAUAAAUGCAGGAGACUAAGACACAAUUGAGGCAGCUAUUAUCUUAAAUGCAGAAUUACUAACUUGCAAAUCAGGCAAAGUACGUAGCGUCUGGUUUGUGAGGUGAUUUUUAUGAGUUGGUUGCUUCAUAGCUCAGUUCCUCCCUAGUCAUGCCCUUUUUGUGCAUCAAGGGGGGAGUCUCUGCUUUAAGAUAUUUUUAAAGACGUGUCUGUCAGAAAUAGUUCUUGGGAAACACGCACAGUCCUUGUUACUGUCAGAGGACGUUGUAGUCUUGUUGCCAUGUGGUCCUUGCUUUUCUAAACAACAGCUCAGGCACCCAAAAAGAGUCCUGACCUAAAGCUGCCUUAUAGUGAGGAGUUGAUAGUUUUAGUGUGCUCUUGCUGAAAGUCUGCAUUGCUUCCUUGCUGGUGGAAGUCCCAACAGCCUGGUUCUCACAUGCGAGUAUGCAAAGCCAGGGAUCUAAGUCUCUAAGUGCUGAGCUAGGGCUCCAGAAUCGCCCACCGGUGCAGGCCUCCAUUCUUACCAGGGAAAAUGCUGUCUGUUCUUGGUGGAGAAAAACCACCUGGCUAUCUUAGGUCCUUGGGAUGCCAAGGGAAGAGUGCAAUAGCAGGCAGCUUCUGCUACUUGUGAGUUGCCAAUUUAAGUAAGUGAUCUCAAAUAAAAACAACUAUAUUUUCUCCUCCCCAUCCCCAAACUUGCUCAAUCUUUUAGUCUGAUACUUUCUUUUCCUCUUCUUUCAGCUGAAAGCAUUAAUUUCCCACAAGAAUUGCAUAGCCUGCUAGUUCUGGGUCACCCUUUCCUACUGGCAUCAGUUUGCAUCUUAGCUGCUCACAGCCAUCGGUAAAAUCAUUGUAUACUUGAAAUGCUCUAAUAAAUGUCACCUGGAUAAUCCA